CUUUUUGCAGUAUGCAAGCUUACCUUUGUAGUUGCUUGUAGCCGUAUAUCUUUAGUUGAGACAAAAGAAAAAGAAUGUUUAUAAAGAAAAUGAAUAUUCAAUAAGCUUUAAUCUGAAGGAUAUAGCCAAAUGGGCAGAAAUUGAUUAUUCACAGCAUACUCUAGCUAGCAUGAUUUUUAAAUGGGUAUGAUUCAUAAUCAUUCAAACACAAUGUAGAUAGAACCAACAAAAGUGUUUCACGAUCUGUGAAUUUUGUAUACAGCCAACAACAGCUGCUAGAAAUCUCUGUCUGUCCUAGUAUUAGGCCUCGCCAGAUUAUUUGUCUGAUGGCUAAUAUUUACCAGAGCCAGCUUGAUGGCUUUAAAUCACCCCUUUUCACUUGCGAAUAUUUAUUUGGCUUCUUUCAUAUAAUUAAUGUGCACAUAUUAUGGCCGAGUUUCAUAUAAAGCAAUUCUUGAUAGUGUCUAUAGAUUUAAACCAAUAAGAGAGUGUGUGGUUAAAAGAGUUUGUUAGAACGGGUUGCUAACAUUUCUCUUAAAAUAAUAUGAAGUUUUUACUAAAGUUAUUUUAAUAUUAUUUUGAGUUUUUAAUUGGUUGUGCCUAUCAACAUCAUACUCAUGCAAGAAUCACUCCAUCUUAUAGAGUCUCAUAGUCUGUAAUACAAGUGUUCAAAAUUAAUUAAAAGCAAUAUUGAAAGUUACAAAGAAAACAACAGUAAAUUGAAAUUUUGGAAACCUCUGUUAUUAACAUUGAAAUUUUACUCAAAAUUUUUCAUUUCAUGUUUUAAACUCCCAAAAAUAACAGUGAGAGUAUUCAAAACUAACAAUAACUGUUCUCAAGAGAUUUGUUUAUAACUGUCCAUUACUGCUCUAAUAAGAUGUUCAUUCACAAAAGUAUAGAAACAAAUUAAAUAUAUUUUAAUGAUUACAACGUGAUUGAUGUUUUAUUUUUAAUUGAAUAUUUAUUUUUAUUUCUUAUUUGUUGUUGUUACAUGUACAACUAUACAUCUGGCUAUACUCCAUUGUAGUGAAUGUGGGGCUUUUAAAGGACAAACAGAAGAAAAAAAAUUGUAGUGAAUGUGGGGCUUUUAAAGGACAAACAGAAGAAAAAAAUGAGAGUAGCAAAAAUGAGAAUGUUAAAAUAAAUGUGUGACUAUACAAGACAUAAUAUGGAAUAACUGUAUAUGAAAAGAUAGUAGUAUAGCACUGAUUAAGGAAAAGAUAAUGGAAAAUCAGUUAAGAUGAUUUGAACACGUACAAAGAAGGACCAUUGAGGAGACCAAGAAGGACACCGGGUGAAAUUGUUAAGAGGGAUCUCAUGGCUUCUCUGCAAGGAGCAAAAUUUUGCAAUGAAUUUUCUUUAAAAACUUGAGGAUCUCUACGCCGACUGAUCUGCUGCACAAGAAGCAACCCAUUGAAGCUCCAAAAAUGACGUACUUUGGGAUUAACAUAGCGGAUUUCUCGUGGACUUGUCUGAGAGACUUUGAUCUCACUUCUUUGUGCUCCCAAACGAGCAUAAUAGACAUUUUAAAGCUACUUUUCAUCGCUGUCUUCUACACGUCUUUGCUUGUUUCUUUAAUCAGAAGACAUUCCGAAUGUGGUAGCAACAGAAAGAACUGGGUUUUCCUAGUUGUCUCAGUUUGUUGUGCUCUCAUUAGCAUUGCACAUUUUUGCAAUGGCUUGAAGUUGUGGAAUCAGAAGAGCUGGUUAGCUUCUACUUUCAGAGCAUUUGUGUGGCUUUCUCUAACAAUUUCAUUACAUGUUCAGAGAAACAAAUGGAUCAAAUCUCUAAACUCUAUCUGGUGGGCAUCUUCCUGUGUAUUGGCUUCAGCUCUCAACAUUGAAAUUAUGUUCAAAGAGCACACAGUUGAACUUUUCGAAAUGGUACAAUGGCUUGUACAUUUCUCACUUCUCUUUUGCGCCUUCCAAAAUCUCCCUUAUUUUGCCACAUCCGAAGGUAUCCAAGAUACUACUAGUUUAUCUGAGCCUCUGAUAGCUCCGAGAGUUGAAACUAAACAAACGCAACUAGGCCAUGCUACCCUUCUCAGUAAGUUGACUUUCUCUUGGGUUAAUUCUUUACUCAGACUGGGUUACUCAAAGCCACUAGCUCUUGAAGAAAUCCCAUUUCUUCUUCCUGAAGAUGAAGCAAACUCUGCCUACCAAGACUUCGUGCAUGCAUGGGAAUCCCUUCUAAGUGAGAACAACAAUAACAACAACAACAACAAAAACUUGGUUCUUUGGUCUGUAGUAAGAACUUUCUCAAAGGAGAACAUAUUAAUAGCACUUUACGCAUUAAUAAGAAGUAUUUGCAUGAUAAUUUCUCCUCUAAUACUCUAUGCUUUUGUAAACUACUCGAAUAGCACUGAGGCAGAUCUCAAAGAAGGUUUUUCCAUACUGGGUUUUAUGAUUAUCAGCAAAGUGGUUGAAUCUCUGUGCCAGAGACAUUUCGGUUUUGGCUCGAGGCGGUCAGGGAUGAAAAUUAGAUCAGCUCUGAUGGUGGCAGUGUAUCAGAAACUGCUUAAGCUCUCCAGCUCAGCAAGGAGAAGGCACUCAACUGGAGAAGUUGUGAAUUACAUCGCAGUUGAUGCAUAUCGAUUGGGAGAAUUUCCAUGGUGGUUUCACAUAACAUGGACUUCUGCAGUGCAACUUGUUUUGUCCAUUGUUCUCCUUUUUGGUGUUGUAGGUGCCGGUGCUCUUCCAGGUUUAGUCCCUCUUCUCAUCUGUGGAGUUCUCAAUGUACCAUUUGCAAAGAUGAUACAAAAUUCUCAGUCACAAUUCAUGAUGGCGCAAGAUGAGCGUCUCAGAGCAACUUCCGAAAUUCUAAAUAGUAUGAAAAUCAUCAAGUUACAAUCCUGGGAGGAUAAAUUCAAGAACUUAGUUUUGUCCCUACGUGCUAAAGAAUUCAUAUGGCUGUCUAAGGCACAGAUCAUAAAAGCUUAUGGGUCAUUUCUGUAUUGGAUGACUCCUACCAUCGUUCCUUCUGUUGUUUUCAUGGGGUGUUCUCUUUUCGAUAGUGCUCCAUUGAAUGCUGGAAUCAUUUUCACAGUUCUUACGACAUUGAGGAUAAUGGGAGAACCUGUUCGGUUGAUCCCCGAGGCUCUAUCGAUUAUGAUCCAAGUUAAGGUCUCCUUUGAUCGUCUCAAUACCUUUUUGCUCGAUGAAGAGUUAGAUAGUAUUAAUGGUUAUGGAAGAAAUAUAAAGCAAAGUUCAGUUAAUGCAGUAGAAAUCCAAGCUGGCAAUUUCAUUUGGGAUCAUGAAUCAGUGUCUCCAACUUUAAGAGAUGUGAAUUUAGAAAUCAAAUGGGGACAGAAAAUUGCAGUUUGUGGACCAGUUGGAGCUGGAAAAUCAUCUCUUUUGUAUGCAGUACUUGGAGAGAUUCCCAAGAUCUCAGGAACUGUGAAUGUAGGUGGCACAAUAGCCUAUGUUUCUCAAACUUCUUGGAUACAAAGUGGGACAGUUCGGGAUAAUAUACUCUUCGGAAAGCCAAUGGACAAAACCAGAUAUGAGAAUGCUACUAAAGUUUGUGCCUUAGAUAUGGAUAUCAAUGAUUUUAGCCAUGGUGAUCUUACCGAAAUAGGCCAGCGAGGGAUUAACAUGAGUGGAGGACAGAGGCAAAGGAUUCAACUAGCUCGAGCAGUUUACAACGACGCUGACAUCUAUCUCCUUGAUGAUCCAUUCAGUGCAGUUGAUGCACACACUGCUGCUAUUCUGUUCAAUGACUGUGUCAUGACUGCUCUAAGAGAGAAAACAGUCAUUCUAGUGACUCAUCAAGUGGAGUUUCUCACAGAAGUUGAUACAAUCCUGGUAAUGGAGGGUGGAAAAGUUAUUCAAUCAGGUAGUUAUGAAGAUCUCCUAACGGCCAGAACUGCCUUUGAACAACUUGUGAGUGCCCAUAAAGCUACAUUAACAGGAGUGGAUCAAAAAAAUGAAAGUGAAAUUGAUUCUGAUAUUGAGGUUAUGGUACAUCCAGAAGAGUCUCAAAGUUUUAAUCUCACUAAAAAUCAAAGUGAGCGGGUGAUUUCUACCAAGGGUCAACUUGGGGCACAGCUUACACAAGACGAAGAAAAAGAGAUUGGUGAUAUUGGGUGGAAGCCAUUCUGGGAUUAUAUUUCAUUUUCCAAGGGAUCAUUCUUGCUGUGUUUAACCAUGUCAGCACAGUUUGCUUUUAUUGCUUUGCAGACUGCAUCAACCUAUUGGCUUGCUCUAGCCAUUGAAAUUCCAAAAGUCACUAGUGGCAUUUUGAUUGGAGUUUUCUCAUUAUUUUCAUUACUGAGUGCUGUAUUUAUAUAUAUAAGGUCUGUCCUGGCGGCUAAUCUUGGAUUAAAAGCUUCUAUAGCCUUCUUCUCAAGUUUCACUUCGGCUAUCUUCAAUGCUCCUAUGUUUUUCUUUGACUCAACCCCUGUAGGAAGGAUUUUAACCCGAGCUUCAUCAGAUUUGAGCAUUUUGGACCUUGAUAUUCCUUAUACUCUCACUUUAGUAGCAUUUGUAGCUGCUGAUGUUCUGGUGACAAUAUGUGUAAUGGUUUCAGUCACAUGGCAAGUUCUUAUUGUUGCUAUUCCUGCUACCGUGGCAUCAAUAUAUAUUCAGGGAUAUUAUCAAGCCUCGGCGAGGGAAUUGAUAAGGAUCAAUGGAACCACAAAAGCUCCAGUCAUGAAUUUUGCUGCUGAGACAUCACUUGGGGUGGUUACUGUAAGAGCAUUCAACACGGUGAACAGAUUUUUCAACAACUACCUAAAGCUUGUGGACAUGGAUGCAACAUUGUUCUUUCAUUCUAUCGUGACCAUGGAAUGGUCAAUUUUAAGGAUUGAAGUACUUCAAAAUUUGACAGUCUUCACUGCAGCUUUAUUACUUAUUCUACUUCCUAAGGGAUAUGUACCUUCAGGUCUUGUGGGAUUGUCUCUGGCUUAUGCGUUGACACUGAAAGAAGCCCAAGUAUUUUGGAGUCGAAUGUUUAGCAUGUCAUCAAACCAUAUCAUCUCUGUUGAAAGAAUAAUGCAAUUCAUUGAAAUACCAGCAGAGCCUCCAGCCAUUGUGGAGGAUAACAGACCUCCAUCUUCAUGGCCUUCCAAGGGUAGGAUUGAUCUUCGAGCCCUAGAGAUUAGAUAUCAUCCAAAUGCUCCAUUAGUCCUUAAGGGUAUAAAUUGUACGUUUAAAGAAGGGAAUAGAGUUGGAGUUGUAGGAAGGACCGGAAGUGGAAAAACUACACUUAUAAGUGCUUUGUUUCGCAUAGUUGAACCUUCAAGUGGUGAUAUUUUAAUAGAUGGGAUUAACAUAUGCUCAAUAGGGUUAAAGGAUUUGAGAAUGAAACUUAGCAUCAUCCCUCAAGAACCUACUCUUUUCAAGGGCAGCAUUAGGACCAACCUGGACCCUCUAGGCCUCUAUGACGAUGAUGAAAUAUGGAAGGCUUUAGAGAAAUGUCAGCUAAAGGAAACAAUCAGAAAGCUACCACGUCUCUUGGAUUCUUCUGUGAGUGAUGAAGGUGGAAAUUGGAGCUUGGGACAACAGCAACUGUUUUGUCUUGGAAGAGUACUACUUAAGAGGAACAGAAUACUUGUUCUAGACGAAGCUACUGCAUCGAUUGACUCUGCAACAGAUGCCAUUCUACAACAAGUGAUUAGACGAGAAUUUGCAGAAUGCACGGUUGUAACCGUGGCUCACAGAGUUCCAACUGUAAUAGAUAGCGACAUGGUCAUGGUCCUGUCCUAUGGGAAACUAGUGGAAUAUGAUGACCCUUCAAAACUUAUGGAGACCAACUCUUGGUUCUCUAGAUUGGUCGCUGAAUAUUGGUCGAGCUGCAGGAAGAACUCCUCCCCAAAUAUUAACAGGCAGCAACAUUGAACAAGAAAAGGGAGUACAAACAAACUGAAGGAAAACUGAAUAAAUUGAAUUUUAGAUGUGCCUGGAUCCUCUUAUUUACCCAAGGGGACAUAUAAUAUAAUUUACAAAAUGUUGUUAGACAUCAUAUUAAGUGUAUAUGAACACUCAAUUGCAAGUCUACUUUGAGAGAAAAUUGGUGAAGCUUGGAAAAUUCUUCCUUCCAAACUAUAUUAGAAUAUAACCUAUAUAUUUUCCUUCUGUUUAUUCAUUAGUAUCUAAGUAACUCCCUAAAUUUAUGUCAUUUUUUUUGUUUCUCUC